AUGACUCGUCACACCGAGUCUCUCCCCAACCUCCCGGUGGAAAUCAUCCACAUUGUGGCGUCGUUCGUGGAUAGGGAGCGUGACCUCAACGCGUUGGCCCGCACGAAUCGCCGGAUGCACCAAAUACUGAACCGACGGCUCUAUCAGAGGAACGACAGCAACUGCAACGAAAUUUGGCAGAGAUGCACUCAGCGGCUUCGAGAGAUUACCGACUCGAGUGUCUCCAGGGAGUUCGCUGGCCUUCAUCGCGAGCUGGAGACUCAAAUCUGCGACAAACAUGUCCUGUUAUGGGCCGCUCGCUACGAUAGAGCAGAGCCGCUUACUGCUAUGCAGUCCAUGGGUUUCAAAAUCAACAGGUUUGGCAUGCUCCAGACGGCCGCCUCCGGCUUCAGGAAGAUUGUGACAACGCUUCUAGAUGAGCCAGGCCGCAACAUCGACUCUCAGGACAUGUAUUUCAUCUCGGGAGAAAUCCUCUCGUGGAAGCCCGUUUCCGCGAUGCAUGCCGCGGUCGAAUCAGGUCGGAUUGCGAGUGUCAGACUGCUUCUCGACAGAGGAGCCGACGUUAACUUGAUUUCUGAGGAUCACCUUCGCAACACGCCCCUGCACAGAACUAUAUCGUGGCACUCCACAAAUAUGAUGAGCGUGCUUCUCGCUCGCGGAGCUGACCUGCUCGUGAAAGAUGCAGCUGGACAGACGGCACUUCAUAUGGCGGCAAGACGUGGCUGCUGCUCCGCCGUGGCGUUGCUGCUGGACCAUGGCGCCAGCCUGGACGUCGUCGAUGACGAAAACCAUACGGCGCUUGAUCUCGCAAUCAUCUCUGGCGGCGGAGAAUGCAUCAACCUCCUGCUCGACCAUGGAGCCCUGCAGUACGAUCAGUCACGGGCUGCAUUCUUCCAAGCUUGGAAUGAGGGACAGCUCGAAGCCGCGCUUACGAUCUGGAAAUAUUUUCCCGCUAUCAGGUUUUAUCGACAAGAUACGAACAAGCACGGGCAUGAAAACAAUAAAGAUCCCGACGGCGACGGCGAUGACGAGAACGACGACGACGACGACGACGAGGUUCAACCUGCCAUCAUAACUGUCGUGAGAGGCAACGCCAAGACAGAGGUCCUCAGAGACCUGCUCCGGUUGCUUCUGAGCGAGGGCGUAGAAAUUGAUGAAAGGGACGAAGACGGGCGUACGGCUCUGCAUCACGCCUGCCUGCAGCGUCGAGGCGCCCUUGCGAGGUUUCUGGUUCUGAAAGGGGCCAAUGCGCUGGUGACGGAUAACGGCAACGUCACGCCGAUCCAGUUAGCCAUGGAAAAUCAUGCAGCUGAUCAUCCCCGGCGAGUCAGAGCAUUACUCUCGCCGCUCUUCACUUUCAUUGAGUGA